AUGGCCACAGAAAGCAUCACCGAGCUCGCGAGCAUCAUCGCUACAAGCACCGCCCAGGUCUCCGCCUACCUCGAUCAAAAUGGCCUGCCGCAGCCUUCGUUCGCGGUGACCGGACCCUCGACAUCUCAGAUCCCGCCAUCCGAGGUCGAGAUUGAGAGCGCCCGUUUGACUGCCAUUGAUGCUACUCAGCGACUACGAAACCUCCUGCUUGGCCCACACGAUUUUCUCACAAGCAUAACGCCCAGUGAAUGGAUCAGCUUCCAAGCUGUCGCUCGCUUUGGGCUUGCGUCCUGCGUUCCAAUUGAUGGCAGCGCGAGUUGUGCCACCCUCGCGGCCGCAUGUGGCCUCCCGGAGUCCACGACUCGACGACUGCUGCGCCAUGCCGUCGUCAAGAACGUCUUUUGCGAGGCCGGCCCGGACGGAGUUGCCCACAAUGCUGUAUCCCGUCUACUCGCCGAGAAGCCGACUUUGAACGCAUGGCUACGCUUCAAUACUGGGGAUAGCUGGAGUGCGGCCAGUCAGACGGUCGAGGCGCUGGCCAGGUGGCAUGGCAGUGAGGAGCCAAACGAGACGGGCUUCACCCUCGCAAGUGGCACAGGACUGGGCAUGUACGACACUUAUGCAGUGCAGCCAGAGCGCGGCGAGAGAUUUGCCAACUCCAUGAAGAAUCUCACGGAAAGCCCCGGAUUUGAUGCUGGGCACUUGGUCGCCGGGUAUGACUGGGCAUCGCUCAAAUCUGCCGUGGUGGUAGAUCUCGGCGGUUCCCACGGCGCCGUCGCACGAAGGCUGGUGGAGUCUUUUCCGACCCUCAGUGUGGUCGUACAGGACCUGGCCGAGGUGAUUGCACAAGCACCACCAUCGCAGACUCACAUCUCGUUCAUGUCGCACGACUUCUUCACGCCUCAGCCGGUGGUGGCAGACGUCUACCUCUUUCGCUGGAUCCUGCACAACUGGUCGGACAAGUACUGCGCUGCCGCCGAUUUGAUCAUGCUCCAGCUCUUCAAUUCCAAGGAAAGAGACAUGGAGGACUGGGCUGCCUUGUUCGAGACGGCAGAUUCGCGGUUUCGCUUCCAGGGUGGGCGGCUACCUACGGGAAGUAGGCUCUCUGUCUUGGAAGCGGUGUGGGAAGGGUAG